UUCAUGGUCGCUACGGAGAGAGGGAUGGGUCCGUUGACUUACAAAAAAAAGACACUUGUGUGCACUUUCCCCCGGUGUUUGGACAACUAACCACCAUGGCAGUUUGUUGGAAAUACUUUUCGGUUGUUUCGAAUACGACUCUGCUACAUUUUCCCGGUCGUGUUUUCUCAUUUAUCUUGGCAUGUCGGAUAAAGAUUAGUUAGCAUGCUACUGAGCUAGCAUCGCCGCCUCAGCGUCACACAGCCACACCACACCUGCCUGUGACAGGUUCCCGGCAGAAAUGGGCAAACUACAGAGCAAGUUUCGAAAGAGGUCUGAGCUCUACAGGGCAUCUCAGGGGGAGAAGUCAGAUAGUAUGUUUGACAGUCAGGUGGUGAAUUAUGAACCUGCCCAUCAAGGCUCUGUCAACACUGUCACCAAUCUCAGCCCGGAUCUUUGUGUUUCCGGUGGGAGUGACCAGGCUGUGGUUUUGUACGACUGGAAACAAGGCCGGCUGUGUCAGUCCUUCCAAGGUCACAACCGAGAGGUUACCAAGGUGUUGUGUUAUCCAGGUAGUACGUGGAUCUUCAGUGCCUCACGGGACAAAACCGUACUGAUGUGGGACCUAAACCAGGGGGACGAUCCUAUUCAAGAAUUUUGUGGCCAUGAGUUAGUGGUCAAUGGAAUAGCUGUCAGCCCAGAAGGGAGGAAGCUGUGUACGGGCUCUCGUGACAACUGGAUGUGCCUGUGGGAUAUAGAGUCUGCGAAAUGUGAACAGAGACACAACAUUUCUCGAAACCUGGUAACUCAUGUUUGUUGGGUGCCAGGUAGCUCCUCUGUUGUCCAAACCUCUGAAGAUAAGACCAUAAGGGUUUGGGACAGUCGUGCGUGGCAGGUGACCAACACUUUUCCAGCCAAGCAAUACAUCCAGACCCACUGUGACGUUUCUCCAAAUGGAAACUACCUGGUGUCCAGCAGCAACGGCUUCGGAGGCCAAGGCUGUGAAGCCACGCUGUGGGACCUGCGUCAGCCCGGCUGUAAAGUUGUGGAGUACAGAGGUCACAUCCAGACCACCGCCUGCUGUGUGUUCCUGCCUACGCCCCCUGGUGGCACAGCUCAGGUCGCAACAUCCUCCCAUGACGGAUCCAUCAAAAUCUGGGAUCAGAACUCGGCAGUCUGUUUAGGGACGUUAGCUCUGGAUGGUGCUGGACCUCUGGUUGCUCUCGCUCCCACUGACUCCACCGGUCUGCUCUGUGCCAGCUUCAGCGCCGGCCUCCACCACAUCCAGGUAGGCCCGGGAUCAAACCAGGCUCAGGGUUCUGGAGCAGGUUCGGGCGGAGCUGGUGGCCUGGACAUAAAAGUUUUGGCUCGUUUCUGACCCCCAGAGAAGAGCCUGGAGCAACUUGUUCCCUUCAAUUUGAACAUCCAGGGACUCAACAAGCAGCAGGGCUUGAUACUCCACAGAUAAGAUGUCUAUUACUUUUUAUUUUUGCUACAAUUGUUCAAUAAUCAUGUAUGCUACUAGACCGCCAUACAGUGAAGAAUGACUGCAGAGAUCAGGAGGAUAAUGGUGUGCCUGGACAGAGCAGGUUUGUUGUCGUCACUGAACCACGUUGAUGCCCAUCAUAGCUGCUCUCCUCGUGCUGUGGAGCCCUUUUCACACAUGCACUCCAAAAUCAAUUAUUGCAAAUUUCAGCAACUCAUCUUCAGAGUUACUCAUCUACACAUGACCCUCACAUGUGAGAGACUUUCUCUGUCGGAAAGGUCGGAGGCAUGACACGACAUAAAAAGGACGCUGCAGAAACAUCCCAUGUCAUUUUUUUUUUACAAUGUUUCCAAGAUGGCGGAUGGAUGAAGCAACAGAUUCUUGUCAGUUUUUGCCUUUGUAUCGAUGCUAGGUGCAACGAAAUGCGCUGGUGUUGCUGCGACCUCUCACUCGCUGUGAUUUUUACCUGAAUGUAACUUGCUGCUUUCGCACAUCAACUCACCCUGAAGUCUUGCUGAAUUUUCACUUUGGAUCUGGCAAGACCAUAUUUGGAUGAAGUCUUGAAGCUCACCCUGAAAACGUUUUUAGAUAUUUUCAGGAGUUUGCGUGCAAAGGGGCGUCGGUCACAUGAACUACAAACUGAUGAGACUUUAAACAACGACGAUCAUGUUCCUGAUUCUGGAUCAAGACAGAGUUCCCUUGGAUUGUUUUCUUUGUGUUUGGAAACACUCUUAGAGCUAAAAAAAUAAAAUAAGGAGCCAUAUGGUCAGGUGUUACUUAUCAUACUGACAUGAGUAUGAGUAUUAUGAGUAUGUUCUUAGAUGUCCUGGAUAAAAUUGAAUAGGUGCAGUCAGACUGGACUGUUGUUUAAAAGUUGUUUUCAUCACUUAAACAGAAGAUGAGUGAGGAAGAGUAUGCUGCGUUCGAUUGCAAGUCGGAAGUCGAUAAUUCCAUGUUGGUUUUUUCCGACUUCUGAUCUGAGUAAUAAAUGGACCAACAGGUCAUCCUGUUUACCUGUUACAGUGUGCUCAGUCAUAUUAAUGGCUCAGUCUACAUCUUGUUCAAGUUUCCGAUUUUGGAGUUUGGACUUGAACGGCCGUUCCAAGUCGGAGGUCGUUUUUUCCCAUGUUCUGAGUACAAUGGAACGCAGCACUAGAAAAGUAAUGUACACAGUUUAUUUGCAGGUACUGUAGCUUUAACAUGUCACGUGUUAGACCCAAAGCACCAGAGACCAACAUCAAACGAAUGAGUUUACACACUUAGAAUUCAGUGGUUAUGUUUUUUUAAAGAUACAGCUUGUUUUGUUUUUAAACUGACGCUGACGUUAGCUGAAGCCUAGCGCCCGCAAGUCCAAUAUAUUUCAAUUUGAAAAAACACUAUGCAAAAGAUUGAGUAUUUCCCUUUUUAAAUGAAACAUUGUUAC